AUGGAUCCCACCAAGCAAGUGUUGCGCGAGCUCCAGAUGCGCCCCGAAAACAAGGUCUGCGCCGAUUGUGGCACCAAGAACCCGCAAUGGGCGACCGUCUCUUUCGGCACCUUCAUCUGUCUCGACUGCUCGGGGCAGCAUCGAGGCUUGGGCGUCCACAUAUCCUUUGUGCGCUCCGUCGGUAUGGACAGAUGGAAGGAGUGGGAGGUGAAGCGCAUGCAAGCCGGCGGUAACGCAAAGUUUGUCACCUAUUGCAAGAGCAAUGGCAUGCAUGGUGCCGAUAUUGCCUCCAAAUACCAAUCGGAGGCUGCGGCCAUCUAUGCAGCCACGCUCAAGGCGGUCGCGACGGGUGAGCCUUAUGUGCCACCCGCCCCGGCAAACAGACCAAAGCCACGCCCGGCUGCGUCACGAGGGAUGGGAACAACAGGCAUGGGCGGGAUGACGACGCAUUCAGCGCCCGCGGGGGGCAUAAAUGAUAUGGGAGAGAGAGGUAACUCGGGCGGCGGAUUUGGGGGAGCAAGGACGGGUGGCAUUUCUUCGGACAUGUGGGCACAGAGCAAUGGCAAUGGGGGGAUGCCGAGUAUGUCGAGUGUGUCAUCCGCGUCAUAUCAGAAAGGUGGGGGAAGCGGAGGAGGUACGGGUGCUGGGUUUGGCGGGUUUGGAGGAUUUGGUGGAAUUUCGUCAAACGCCAAUUUGAACAACGUGACGUCCAACCUCAAUAACGUUGGUAAGAGUGUCACAAGGAAUCUAUCUAGUAUUGCGAGUCAGGUGCAGACAUCGGAUGUUGUUGGGCAAGCUGGGAAGGCGGCUGCGCAGGCCGGCGGGAUGCUUUCGUCGUGGUUUACGAACGUGUCGACGCAGGCGACGAAGAUGAUGAAUGACGAUGAUGGGCGCAAUGAACUGCGGCAGAAUCUGCGACAAAACCUGGCACCUGGAGCAGCGAGCGCAGGAUUCAGGGGCUUUUCGUCAGACGACUAUCAAAAGUCGUAUGGAUCCAAUGGGAACCAAACGUCGAUGGGCGGCUCGAGGAGUGCUGAGAACAGUAUGCCCUCGAUGUCGUCGGCUGACUAUGCGAGGUCAAAUAACACGAGUAACGUACCUAGUGUUGCUCCCGUGCAUGCAUCAAACCCGGUUACCAGCACCGGGAACGAUGGCUGGGGAGGUUUUGAUGACGUCGCUGCGGAACCGCAUGGAAAGAAAGAUGCUUGGGGCGCAUGGGAUUAGCGGAAUCGACUUGGUUUUGGAUUCGGCUUGGAGGCGUGGGGGAGCGCGGUAGAGUUGGGUGUUGAGGGGGGGACUGGUUCAUGUUCCUCGAGUUGCAUAACUUUUUUCACUUUUUUGCGGCACUAAUUGUAAACCAAGUAGUUUGUAGAGCGUCCUGUAUUUGCUGGCGAGUGAAGGUAAACAUUUCUGUGCCGUAA